AUGGGCGAAAAUUCGAAAGCUCUUAAAUAUUACGAAAAAGAUCUCGAAUUUGAACAAAAAACUCUUCCUCCGAAUCAUCCCAACUUGGCUUCUUCCUACAACAACAUCGGUUCGGUGUAUUAUAACAUGGGCGAGUACUCGAAAGCACUUUCAUCGUACGAACGAUCACUUGAAAUCCAAAAAAUAGCUCUCCCUCCGAAUCAUCCCGAUUUGGCUAUUUCCUACAACAAUAUCGGUUCGGUGUAUGAUAACAUGGGCGAGUACUCGAAAGCACUUUCAUCGUAUGAACGAUCACUUGAAAUCUGGAAAAUAGCUCUCCCUCCGAAUCAUCCCGACUUUGCUCGAUCCUACAACAACAUAGGUAAUGUGUAUAGAAACAUGGGCGAGUACUCGAAAGCACUUUCAUCGCACGAACAAUCACUUGAAAUCAAAAAAGUCGCUCUCCCUCCGAAUCAUCCCGACUUGGGUUCUACCUACAACAACAUCGGUUUGGUGAACCUCUCAUGUCCUAUUCAGUCAAUAUGUUAUCCUAUGAUUAUAGCACGUUUUCUAAUGGUAAAUGUAAUUGAUCAAUUAUUUCAGCAUUAUAAUCAAAAUCAUAGUAAAAUUUUAAUAACUGGUGAUCUUAAAUUAAAUAUCAAAAAAUUUCAAUCAUCAUCAAGAAAAGUCAACGAUCAAUAA